GAACCUGCAUCUCUUAUGUCUCCUGCAUUGGCAGGCAGGUUCUUUACCCCUAGUGCCACCUUGGAAGCAGGGGCCUCUGGGUAGUGGGGGCUUCUGGCUACAUCCCAGGAAAUGGGAGUAAGGGUGGGACACAUGGCCUAGGCAGAGAAGGGGUUGGGAGGAGAGCCAGGGUGGAGACUGUCAUAAAAGAUUCCCUAGACUGGAAGGGAGGCUUGGAAGGUGCAGAGAUGGGGGCUGGAAUUGAGGAGAGCCAGAGAUAUCCCCCAGAAGGCUGGCGUUCUUGUGUCCUGGUCUCUAGACCUUUGGCUUCUUCCCUGUGCGCAUCUGGGUCCACGCCUUGCUUUCCAUCUCUGUGGUUCUGCAUCUUUUUGCUCUGUCUGUAACUUGUGCCUCCGAGAGUAUCUCUGGUGGUUUUCUGACUCAGUCUCUCAUCCCUGAAUUCUUGCCUGACUCUCCCUCUGUUUCCUCCUUAAGGAGUCUCUUUUCCAUCCCAACUCUUUUUCUUUUUUUAAAAUUUAUUUUAAAUUGGAGGAUAAUUGCUUUACAAUGUUACUUUCUGCUGUACAAGAAUGUGAACCAACUACAAGUGUACAUAUAUCCUCCCCUUCUUGAGCCUCCCUCCCACCACCCCCCUCAACUUUCUUUUCUCAUUCACAUCUCCCCCUGCUUCCAUCUCCCUCUUUGUCAUACUAAAAGAUGCCAUUUUAUUUUUUUUAAGUUAUUUUUAUUUUUUGACCAUGCUAUGCAGCAUGCAGGAUCUUACUUCCCCGACCAGGAAUUGAACCCACGACUUCUGCACUGGGACUGUGGAGUCUUAACCACUGGACAACCAGGGAAGCCCCCUCAAUGCCAUUUUAAAUGGUUGUGAGGAAGCAGGGGAGGGAGACAGGAGAAAGGAGGAAAGUGUUAUGAAGUCAGCACCCGAGCUGGGAUUUGAAGGAUGGGCUGAGGGUACACUGCUGUUAAUGUUGUUCAGCCGCUCAGUCAUGUCCGAUUCUUUGAGACCCCAUGAACUGCAGCGCUCCAGGCUCCCCUGUCCUUCACUAUCUCCUGGAGUUUGCUCAAGUUCAUGUCCCUUGAGUCAGUGAUGCUAUCUAGCCAUCUCAUCCUCUGCCGCCCUCUUCUCCUUUUGCCUUCAAUCUUUCCCAGCAUCAGAGGAUGUUAAAAUGCUAGGGAAGGAGGAAGCCCAAAAGGGAGCUUGGAAACCAGAUACUGAAUUGGGGUGUGGGUGCUGCCCCACUGCCCCAUGGACCACCAGUCCCGGCCAGGAACAGGCCAAAUUGCACGGGGCUCUCCCAGCUCAGCCAGAGCUGGCUGAGCUUAAUCACCACCCACACAGAGCCUACACCACCCUUGGUGAGGUGGGUGAACGGGUAGACAGUGCAAAGGAGGGAGAGUGAAUGACUUGUUUGGGAAACUAGAGUCCUGGGAUGGAGGAGAAAUAGAGGGUGGGAUGGUGAGCAGGGCCAGAUUCUCAGAUGCCAGAGCUCGGAUUGUGUGCUGGGGGUGAUGGAGACCACGGGCGGGUUUUGAACAAGUCUUGGUGUCAGAAAGCUCUCUCUGGGUCCCUGGGCGGGUAGAGGGGGGCUAAGGGCCUGAGACUACCCAGUGAUGGUCCCAUGAACAGCUAGGGGCGGGGUCCCACAGGGGGGCUGGGAUCCCGCCCCCUGACAUCACCCUCACAUUAUUGCACCAGGGCUGGCUGACCAAUAAGCUGUGGUUUGCUACUAUAAUGGGUCCUAGCAACAGGCCCUGAUCCUGUGCUAACAGGAGAGGAGGCCCCACCAGCGGAGAGAGUGAAGGGGAGAGGGAGAGCCCACAGGGCAGACACUGAGGACCACGCGUCCGUCCCUGACUCUCCCCCACCCCCCCGCACCCUCUGACCCGCCAGUCACCAUGGCUACUUCGAAGUUGCCAGCGGUGUCCGGGGAGGAGGAGACCACCAUCCUCAUGGCCAAGGAAGAGCUGGAGGCCCUGCGCACUGCCUUCGAGUCGGGCGACAUCCCGCAGGCCGCUUCCCGCCUCCGGGAGCUGCUGGCCUCCUCGGACUGCACCCGGCUGGACGUGGGGGUCACAGGCGAAUCGGGGGCCGGCAAGUCGUCCCUCAUCAACGCCCUUCGCGGCCUGGGCGCCGAGGACCCCGACGCGGCCCUCACCGGCGUCGUGGAGACCACAAUAGAGCCCUCGCCCUACCCGCACCUGCAGUUUCCAGACGUGACCCUGUGGGACCUGCCAGGGGCCGGCUCUCCCGGCUGCUCGGCCGACAAGUACCUGAAGCAGGUGGACUUCGGCCGCUAUGAUUUCUUCCUACUUGUCUCGCCCCGCCGCUGCGGCGCGGUGGAGACCCGCCUGGCCUCCGAGAUCCUGCGCCAGGGCAAGAAGUUCUAUUUCGUGCGCACCAAGGUGGACGAGGACCUGGCGGCCACGCGCAUGCAGCGGCCGUCGGGCUUCAGCGAGGGGGCGGUCCUGCGCGAGAUCCGCGAGCACUGCGUCGAGCGGCUGCGCGGGGCCGGCGUACACGACCCGCGCGUCUUCCUUGUGUCCAACCUCUCGCCCGCGCGCUACGACUUCCCGCUGCUCAUGUCCACCUGGGAGCGCGAUCUGCCCGCGCACCGGCGCCACGCCGGCCUGCUGUCGCUGCCGGACAUCUCGCUGGAGGCCCUGCAGAAGAAGAAGGACAUGCUCCAGGAGCAGGUGCUCAAGACGGCCCUGGUGUCCGGCGUCAUCCAGGCCCUGCCCGUGCCCGGGCUGGCGGCCGCCUACGACGACGCGCUGCUCAUCCGCUCGCUGCGCGGCUACCACCGCAGCUUCGGCCUGGACGACGACUCGCUGGCCAAGCUGGCCGAGCAGGUGGGCAAACAGGCGGGGGACCUGCGCUCCGUCAUCCGCUCCCCGCUGGCCAACGAGGUCUCCCCUGAGACGGUCCUGCGGCUCUACUCCCAGUCGUCCGAUGGUGCCAUGAGGGUGGCCCGGGCCUUUGAGAAGGGUAUCCCCGUGUUCGGGACGCUGGUGGCGGGGGGCAUCAGCUUCGGCACCGUCUAUACCAUGCUCCAGGGCUGCCUAAACGAAAUGGCCGAGGAUGCCCAGCGCGUCCGCAUCAAGGCUCUGGAGGAGGAGGACACUCAGCCCGAUGUCAGCCUGGAGGCGGCUGGUGACAACGGAGUGGAGAAGCGGGGAUCCGGGGAGGGGAGCAUGGAGGAAGCCCCCCUCUCGACCCGCGGGAAGCUUGGCCUCCUCCUUAAGUACAUUCUGGACAGCUGGAAGAAGCGAGACUUGGCCGAAGACAAAUGAAAGUGCAGCCCUUACCCACUGCCUCACCCACAAACCAAGCCUUUUGAAAACCCACCAAACAAUCAAAAAAGGCCUAAUGUGGUGAAAA